AUGAGUUCUGGACGAGCGAUUGUGUGCCAUGAUACGCAUGCCAAUGGCGGAUGGAAGAUGGAGGAGGUGGGCGUGAGGAAGCCGGGUGAGGGCGAGUUGUUGAUCGAGAUGGUGGCAUCUGGUGUCUGUCACACGGAUGUGUUGAUUGGCGAUCUUCCGGGAGGUGAUAUUGACACUUGCGUGAGCCCCAGAGUACUCGGGCACGAAGGCUCCGGAUACGUCAAAGAAGUCGGCAAGGGAGUGACGGUGGCGAAAGCUGGCGAUCCAGUGCUGCUCUCGUUUGCCUUCUGCAAGUCCUGCGAGCUUUGCAAGGCGGACCAUGUCUCGAAUUGUAACAAGUUCAUGGACUUGAACUUUGGCGGGCCAUACAAGGAUUUCCAUUUGGCUUCCAAGGGCGGCGAGCCCGAGGCCGGUGGUGGGUUCUUCGGACAGUCAUCCUUCGCGAGCCUCUCCGUAGUCCGGGAAUGCAGCGUAGUCAACGCCAAAGAUCUCGUUCGCGACAAGAAGGAGCUUGAGCUUUUCGCACCUCUGGGUUGCGGCAUCCAGACUGGGUCAGGGACAGUGAUCAAUGCCGCCAAAGCAACAAAGGAUGACAUCGUCUUGAUUCUUGGUCUGGGUGGCGUGGGUCUUAGUGCCAUCAUGGGCGCAAAAGUCCAAGGGUGA